AUGGCCGACGCUACAAACCCCGACGCAUUCGACUUUAAGCUUUAUCGCUACGAUCCCUCACUACCGGCCGCAAUCGUCAGUGUUGUUGUCUUCGCGAUUCUUACAGUCUUGCACACCUGGCGGUUAUUCCGAGUGCGCGCCUAUUAUUUUACUGCUUUUACAAUUGGCGGCAUCUUCGAAACUGUAGGCUACUGCGGUAGAAUAUGGGGCCACUUUGACAAGCUCUCGGUCGGCGGUUUUGUCAUGCAGGCUAUCCCGAUCCUCGUCGCCCCCGCACUCUUCGCCGCCUCGAUUUACAUGAUCCUCGGCCGAUUAAUUCGAACUGUCGGAGCUUCGCAUCUAUCUCUAGUGCCCGUUCGAUGGGUUACACGCAUCUUUGUUACCGGAGAUGUCAUCGCCUUUAGCUUACAAGCGGGAGGAGGAGGCAUUCAAUCCGCCGGCACACUGGACCUCUACGAGCUUGGAGAAAAAGUCAUCGUCGCUGGUCUGUUCGUACAAAUCGUGGUCUUUGGAUUCUUCGUCUUGACUUCAGUCCUAUUCCACUUUCGCCUUCGAAAAAGUCCCACCACUGAGUCGUUACGAGGCGAUGUCCCUUGGGCCAGAUAUUUAUACGUGCUCUACGCGUCGAGUUUCCUUAUCCUCGUGCGUAGCAUCUUCAGGGUCAUUGAAUACCUCCAGGGGAACAAGGGAUAUCUCAUCUCGCACGAGGUAUACCUGUAUGUCUUUGAUGCUGUCCUGAUGGCACUGGUCAUGGCCGUUUUUCUGGUAUGGUACGUGGACUCUUUGCAGGAUGGGCGCAAAUCGCAAGAUAUUGAAGAAAGGGAGCUUUCAUCUUACGAAAGCCCUGGCCCCGAGACCCAAGGAAGGAAGCGUGGUUAA